AUGCCACUCACCAGUGUAUCAUCAUUGUCUUUUAAAGGUGACAGUCACUCUGACGACGGUGUUCAAUGGCCAGAAGAUGACAAUAAAUGUCUUCCACUAGAGUCUACGUCUGGCCCGGAGUCUUCUGAUGGAUUCUAUGAGUCACCGUCACUGACUUUUGACAGUGUCGAUGACCUAAAGGAGAAGUUGAUCUUGAAGGAUUCAGUAGAACAGAAUGACUUGGAGAAUCAGCAAGAAGAGAGCGGCAGUUCGGAACAUGAACUAGGGGAUGACCACAAUAGUGACAGCGAGGAUACCAAUUCGGACUCCGAGUCUGACAGCAAGAUGCAGGUCCUCUUCCAGGAGUGGCUCACUUCAAAGGCAAAGGCAGAUAACCAGAUGAAACAACGGGGAAAACAGAAGGAAUUUCGGAGCCACAAAAAGGCACAGAAGUGA